AUGCCGCACAAACAUAAGCGCAAGGCUGGGGAUGAUGACAAUGCACAAUUCAACCUCCCUCCAACUGUCCGCGCAACAGCCCUCCCAGUCUCCAAGACAAAAUCCCAAAACGACCAGUCAAAACGAAGCAAAAAGAGGAAGAUAGCACACAUCGAGGGCUACGGACAAGAUGAUAUGCCCAAAGCCUUCCAGCGCCUCAUGGCCUUCUCGGGCGGCGCGAAGAAACGCUCCGGCCUCGACGACGGCCUCGUGAAGAGCAAGAAGCAGAAACGCCAAGAACAACUACAACAGCAAGAGCAGCAAAAACAGCAAAAAUCCCUCCCCUCCACCGAGGAAAAAGAAGCGAACAAACCCGAGCCCCAACCCACCGCAGCAGCAGCAGCAGCAGCGACCCCCAAGAUCCUCCCCGGCGAAUCCAUGUUCGCCUUCGCACAGCGCGUCGACGCCGCCCUCCCCUUAACCGGCAUCAACAAGAACGGCAAGAAAAUCGCCGGCGUCAACGACCAUCGCGUAACCAAACACGAGAAGAAACUAAAGCGCCUGCAGAAAGGCUGGCGCGAGGAAGAAGCGCGCAUCCGCGACAAAGAGGCCGAGGAGGCCGAACUCGCAGAGGAAGAAAACGACGAGCAUGCCGCGAUGUGGGAGGACAAAACUGCCGACCUGCCCUCAGCAGCAAACGGGAAGAAAAAGGCCGCCGCAAAGGGCAAGAAGAGGAAGAAGGUUGUGGGUGAAGUGGAUAAUCAUAGCGAGGACGAGUGGGCUGCGCUCGAGCGGAGUAGGGUCCAGAGAAAAGGUCUGCAUGAUGUUGUGUCUGCGCCGCCUGAGUUCAAGAAGAUUCCGCGCGAGAUCUUUAAGGUUAAGAAUGGUGCGGGCGCGAAGGUGGGUAAUGUGCCCAAUGCGGCGGGGAGUCUGAGGAAGAGGGAGGAGCUGGGCGAGGUGCGCAAGACGAUUAUUGAGACGUAUCGCGAGCUUAUGGCUGCGAAGAAGGCGAAGGUCGAGGCUGGUGCGCAGGAUGAUUGA